AUGCGAAGAUUAUGUACCUUAGCUCAUCUGAAGGAGUUGCAAUUCGAUGUAUGUGAGAUAAAUGGCUCGAUACUCGAGCAGACAUGGAAAAUGAGCCAGUCCUCAAGUAUUGGCAAACCUCGGCCCCCUCACGCACCUCGGGACAUUAAGGAACCUUUAUUCGUCCUGUCGCAAAGAGGCAGGACGACGAUAGACCUUGUCUUACUUGCUGGCCAGGAAACGAUAUGCUUCGUCGAGAUUCAUGUUGCAUGCGUGGUUGAAAUUUGA